AUGCUCGCAAAGUCUCUGAUUUAUUUGGAGGAGGCCAUGAUCUGGACUAUGACUCCAGAACAGGCUGCUGAGGCAGCAGUUAGAGCAGUUGCAGAGGCAGAAGCUGAAAAAGUAGCAAGAGAGGUUGAAGCAGCAGAAGCUUACACAGAAGCAGCUAUGAAGGCAAUGAAAGGAAGGAUGACAGUUUUGUCAGAGUUUGUCAAUGCCAUUUUCCUCGAAGUUUCUACUUUGUGGUCAAAUCUGUUAGCAGUAGGAUUGUUGAAAAAAUGGAACAGGAGUCGCUGGCCCGUUCAAGAAUUCUUAUUUGUGUUCUCUGUUCUUGGACGUGAACGUGAUGAGUUGCACAAAGAUAUAGAACAAUUGUGUAUGCAGCAAGCUGGACCUGGCUAUCUUGCUGUCGCCACUAGAAUGCAUUUUCAAAGGACAGCUGGAUUGGAGCAGGAGGUUGAUAAUUUGAAGAAGCAGUUGGCUGCUUGCUCAAGAGAUAAUCUUAAUCUUCAAGAGGAGCUUUCUGAGGCUUACCGAAUUAAAACCCAAUUGGCCGAACUACACCAAGCAGAGGCUGCAAAGAAUAUGGAGGCGGAGAAGCAGGUUAAGUUUUUCCAAGGCUGUGUAGCUGCUGCUUUUGCUGAGCGUGAUAACUCGAUAAUGGAGGCUGAAAAGGCAAAGGAGAAGGAGGAGUCCAUGUCCCUGAAAUUUAAUGAAAUUCAGCAGAGUCUGGAGAUUAUGAUGUUAGAAGCGCUUAAUUCAGACGUUCUUGAACAGAAGAGACUUAAUGAUGCACUUGAGACUGAUCUGUCAAAGCAAGAAGAGCAGAUUGAGAGUUUCAAGAAGGUUGUCAACAAAUUUUAUGAGAUCAGGCAGCAUUCUCUCAAGGGAUUUGAGGAUACAAGUUGGGAUGAUAAAUGUGCAUGUCUGUUACAUGAUUCAGAAGAAAUGUGGAGUUAUAAUGAUGCCUCCACUUCUAAAUACGUCAGUGCAUUAGAAGAAGAGGUGGAGAGACUGAGGAACUCUCUGGAUAAGCUUCAAAGCAAACUGCGAGUGGGUUUGGAAAUUGAAAAUCACUUAAAGAAGGAAGUUCGUGAACUUGAAAAGAAGCAAGUUCUUUGGGACAAAAUGGUUAUGAAUGGGAUAGAAGAACUACGUCAUUACCAUUCUCAGCAUAAAGCUCAAAUCAAGAGCUUACUUGGUGAGGAAAGAUCUUAUCUCAAAUCGAUCAUUGAUAUGGCAGAAGAAAAGAUCAAGCAAUUCGAUGUGACCAGAGAACAGAAUUUGGAGCCUUGUAGAGUUGUAAAACUGCAAGAAAAUGAAUUUCGAGAUGUGCAUAUGAGUGCUGAUGCGGAUCCUGCCUUGGCAUCCAAGUGUGCAUGGGGGGUGACCGUACCCUUGGGCUCUGCUACUGAGUGGUUCCUUAUUGGUGCCGUUGCCCUACAGCCAGGGGCGUACAGAAGCCACGGGGCAGCUAGAGUUGACAGUGGGCGUAAUAAGCUGGGAGGAAGAAGAAACGAUGAAGGCUCACUUGAUAUUGUGGCUGAUAAAGAGGGCAACACGUCCAAAGCCUUUGCACAGGCAUUGCAAGAGAAGGUUGCAGCAUUAUUGCUUUUAUCUCAGCAAGAAGAAAGACAUUUACUUGAGGGAAAUGUCAGUGUGGCUCUUCAGAAAAAGACACAGGAGCUUCAAAGAAACUUACUUCAAGUCACCAAUGAAAAGGUUAAAGCUCUUAUGGAGUUGGCGCAGUUAAAGCUUGAAUAUCAACAACUUCAAGAGAAAGUCGGCAGCGAGGUAAAACCAGAAUUUUUGGCUGACACUGGGGAGAGAAGACUUUCUACUCGUGAAACAGAUGGAAAGAUAAGAAACCUGCUAAAGAGGACAUAUCUAAGACGUUGGAUGGGCACACUCGAUUUUAGUGGAAAUGAAGCUAAAGCUUCCCUGAGUGGUGAAGGGAAUUUCUCUGGGAAAAGGUCAAAUGACAUCGAUUUUGCCAGGUUAGUAAAACUUGUUGAAUUCCUCAACUGA